AUGAACUCAUUUUUUAGAUUAGCUAGAACUUCAUUCAACCAAACCAAAACCAUCGCUCAAAGAGGUGGUCAUGGUCCAGUCGAACUCGGUACCUCUGAAUACAGUUUAAGCCCAAGCGUUCAUGCUGCUAUUUCCCUUUCAGUUAAAUUAUCAGCUUUUGCCUUUUUCUUUGCUUACCCAUUUGCUGUUAUCAGAUACCAAAGAUCUAAAAAAGAAUCUGGUUAA